AUGAACGACCUCUUAAAGGGCUCGUUAGAGUUCUCGAGAGAUCGAUCUAAUAGAAGCGAUAUCGAGUCAGCACAUGGACCAGGUAACUCUGGAGAUCUCGGCCUCGCUGGUUUCUUCAAAAAGGUCGGAGAAAUCGAUAAACAAUAUGAGAAGCUUGACAAGCAUCUCAAGAAGCUUCAAGCGGCACAUGAGGAGACUAAAGCCGUCACUAAGGGUCCUGCAAUGAAAUCAAUCAAGCAGAGGAUGGAGAGAGAUGUUGAUGAAGUGGGAAGGAUCUCUCGUUUCAUCAAAGGAAAGAUCGAAGAACUUGAUAGAGAGAAUUUGGAGAACCGGAGUAAACCGGGUUGUGGGAAAGGAACAGGAGUAGACAGAACAAGAACAGCCACAACUAUCGCGAUAAAGAAGAAGUUUAAGGACAAGAUAUCUGAAUUCCAAACUCUACGACAAAACAUUCACCAAGAAUACAGAGAAGUUGUAGAGAGGCGUAUGGUUGAACGAUUGAUUGAAACCGGAGACAGUGAGCAGAUUUUUGAGAAAGCAAUCAUGGAGCAAGGAAGAGGCCAGAUAAUGGAUACACUAGCUGAGAUUCAGGAACGCCAUGAUGCUGUCAGAGAUUUAGAGAAGAAACUCCUUGACCUACAACAGGUGUUUCUUGAUAUGGCUGUGCUGGUGGAUGCACAGGGAGAGAUGCUAGACAACAUAGAGAAUAUGGUCUCAAGCGCUGUGGAUCAUGUUCAAUCCGGGAACAACCAACUAACAAAGGCACUAAAGAAACAGAAAAGUUCAAGGAAAUGGAUGUGCAUUGCCAUCCUCAUCCUUCUUAUCAUUAUCAUCAUUACCGUUGUCUCUGUUCUCAAACCAUGGACAACGAAACAUGGUGCACAUGGUGCUUAG